GUUAUCGAGCAAAAACAAUUGCCGUGCUUUCAACUUCGAGAACAACUUUAACAGAUGGCAUCCUCGCCGUAAGAACAGCCACGACACGUGAAAUCUAGCAGCAUGAACAAUCAAUGACUAAAAGUAAAUGACUUUUUGACAAUAGGAGCGGAAAACUGAUAUCGGAGUGACUGUAUUAUCGCGACAUUCGAUACUAUUACUAUUUACGUAAUAUUUUACAACGUAAUCAAGGCAGGAUCAAAGAUUUAUUAUGCAUCGAAAAAAUUGUCUUUACCAUUUUUAAUUAUUAUGAACUUCCUUAAUUGUGAAAUGAACAAAAAUGUACACUUCGAACGCGGCGUUAAUUAAAACAUCAUACAAGAACGAGAAACGUCAAAUGGCCUUAAAUCUAACAUGACGAUUAUUGAUAUAAUUAUUUCUGACAUCAAUUGUCUUUAUCGUUAAUGACAAAAUAACCAUACGACAUUUUCGUUGUGGAGCGAGAUUAAUGUAGAUUGUUAAAGAAGUGUGUAUAUAUUUAAUGUGAUUCUUACGAAAGAAUUAGGGAAAAGUUUUAAAAGAACCAGAUAGGAUGGGAUCGGAACAGAGCUCUCAAGGUGGUACGCAUAACGCUAGCGCUAACAGGACAAGAAAUAUACCAUUGAGACGUGGAAAAAGUGUACCAAAUCGUGAAAGAGUGCCAGAAGACACACCACCGAGAUGUACCAGUCCUGGUGCAAGCAUUUGUUCGGAUUCUGAUCUACCAUAUAUAUCUUACACUGUGAAUAGACCUAUUGGAGACUCACCAAAGAUGACAAAUAAACAGUCACAGCUAUAUAGAGGCAAAAGUUUUGGUGGGCAAGAUAUAUCUAGACGUAAAAAUAGUUUAAGUUCCAGUAGCUACAGAAAAACUACCUCUGAUAAAAUACAUAACAUAGUAGUAGUGAAACCAGCUAUGCAAGAUCCAACAGCUGACAAAGAUCCUGAUCUGGUUAAAUUACAAAGUAUUCCCAUGUUCCUACCUAUCAUGCGGGGCACUCUCAAUUUGCCCCCAGGUGUCAGAGAUCCAGAGGUGCUGGAAAGACUCAAUCCCAUUGGUUUGUUUAACCUGUGUGCUAGGUAUCAACACCAUCUUAAUACUAAUGCUCAAAUGAUCGCAGCUGAACAAUCUACUCUAUGUAUCAACAUCGAACCAGAAGUAACAAAGAUACUUAAUUUAGCAACAGAAAGGCAAAAGAAGUUUGCCAAAUUUGCUGAACAACUGAACAAAGUACAUGAGCUUAGUAAACAAUUAACCAAAUGUCAUUCUCUUCUAAAUCAAACUCUGGAGAGCCUUGAAACUUUGAACAAUCUUUUACCAGUAGAGGAUAGAUUAGAACCAUUCGUAUGGACUACUGGAUAAAAUCAAUGUUAAAGAGUAUACUGAAUGGUAGCUUAAGAAAAUUUAUAAGUACACUGCACUGGUGCUAAAAGAUGAUCUGAAUUGAUUCAAUGCAAGAAAUGUUAGAAAUUUGUUCUGUUUCUUUUGUUAAUAACAAUGAAUCUUUAUUACUAG